CAGUAUUCCGGAAGAGAGAAGGAAGAGCGUCUCUCUUCUCGUCAUCAUAGUCUCUUCUGAUACUCAUUAAACGUGAUGGGCUCGUUGGUCUGGGCGCUGGUGUUAAGCAUGGCGGCGCUGGUGUGCGGACGGAGCGCGCGCGCAGACGCCGACAUCGAGCGGCUCCUGCAUGGGGUGAUGGAGCAGCUGGGCAUCGCGCGACCCCGCGAGGAGUUCACCGCGCACCAAGCCGCUAAUGUAGCAGGCCCGCUUAACAUUCAGGGUGGUGCUCAUGAGGGACUUCAACAUCUUGGCCCUUAUGGAAACAUCCCUAAUAUUGUUGCAGAAUUGACUGGGGACAAUGUCCCAAAAGACUUCAGCCAAGACCAUGGAUAUCCUGAUCCGCCUAACCCAUGUCCUUUGGGAAAAACGGCUUCUGAUGGGUGCUUGGAGAAUUCACCAGACACAGCUGAGUUUAGCCGAGAGUUUCAGAAACACCAACAUCUCUUUGACCCAGAGCAUGACUACCCCUCACUGGCCAAAUGGAAUAAAAAGCUGCUGUAUGAAAAACUGAAAGGAGGACCGAAAAGAAGAAAAAGGAGCACCAACCCAUAUCUGAUGGGACAGAGACUGGACAAUGUGGUGGCUAAGAAAUCUGUGCCACAUUUUCCAGAGGAGCAAGAAAUGGAAACCACUACAAGACAAGUCUAAAUAUAAUAUUAUAAGACAGAUGUAUAAUUAAGUUAUAUUGUAUUGAUCAGUUAAUGCAUGUUAAAAUUUAAACCAGUAAACCUGAAUCAUAAGAUUAAACUGAUUAAACUGAAGAUAGUGAUCAUUUUAAAAUGUAUUUUUUCCCCUGACAUCAUUUUUUGUUUUAAGAAAGUUAAAUAAAACAAACAUAUUCACAUGCAUUUUUGAUGUGUUGUAAAAAAAAAAACAACUUCUAAAAUCUUUUUAAUAUGACACAUUUGGUAUUUAUUUUGUGGAGCUGAACUGUUUACUUGAUCACACCACAUUUGUCACACACCUGUAUCUUCCAGAUGUGGGAUUUGCACACUUUAGUCAUGUUUACAUUAGGUAUUAUAGAAUUCUUUGUCAUGCAAUAGUUGUGUAGGCCAGUAAGUAAGUAAGUAAGUAAGUAAAUUAAUAAAUAAACUAUUGAUA